ACGUUUAGUAAGAACCGGAAGAGUUAACAAAUUCACAGAAAACAGGGGGUUGAUUAAGGCGGACCUAGCCACUUUCUGUCAUCUUACCAAAAACCUCAUCCUUUCGCCCUCAGCAUGCAUUCAUACCACCAAAGCAAACUUCCUUAAAGAAUGUGCACCCAAGAUCACCUCAUAUUCACCGUCAGAUCAAAUCCAACGGCAGAUACCUGCCAAUAUAAACAGGCGUGAACAAACGCACACUACCAAGUCCUUCCCUUUGUCUUCCAAAACUAAAACAACGAACGAUACCGCAGUAAUCAGAAACGAAGAGUGAAGACUGAAGAUCUCUGUCCCUUCGUUUCCGCCCAGAACUUUACCAAAAUUACACUAACGCACCCGAACGACGGACAAUAAUGCACCAAAAGUCGGAUUCGGAUGUGACGAUGAGCGUGGAGCAGUCGACGCCCCCGCGGUCGCCUCGCCGCCCGAUUUACUACGUCCAGAGCCCCUCCAACCACGACGUCGAUAAGAUGUCUUACGGUUCGAGCCCCAUCGGCUCGCCGCAGCACCACUACUACCACUGCUCCCCUGUGCACCACUCCCGCGAGUCCUCCACGUCGAGAUUCUCCGCCUCCCUGAAAAACCCCCGCAGCAUGUCCGCCUGGCGGAAGCUGCAGCGCGGCGACGAAGUGGAAUUGUCCGAAGACAACGAAAGUGACUCCGCAGUCGACGACGGCGGCCCAGCGCGUAAUAUUAGGUUGUACUUCUGCUUCGCGCUGCUGUUCGUUGUACUCUUCACGGUGUUUUCUUUGAUCUUGUGGGGCGCCAGCAAGGCUUACGAGCCUCGAGUCAUUGUUAAGAAUAUUGUGUUCGAGAGUUUCAAUAUACAGGCGGGGAGCGACAGGACGGGGGUGUCGACGGAAUUGCUGUCGUUGAAUUCGACGGUUAGGAUCUCUUACAGGAAUCCGGCGACAUUCUUCGGCGUCCACGUCACUUCUACUCCAUUGGAGCUCCACUAUUACCAGCUCAAGGUUGCGUCCGGGCAGAUUGAAAACUUCUACCAAGCAAGGAAGACGCAUCGAACAAUAAGGACGGUUGUGCUAGGGUACCAAGUGGCUCUUUACGGUGGAAUUUCAGAUAUUCAACAUGUUAAAGAGGAUCAGCAGAGAGUGGUAAUACCACUGAAUCUGACGUUCGUUGUGAGGUCAAGAGCCGACAUUUUGGGAAAACUAGUGAAGUCCAAGUUUUAUGAGAGAAUCAGAUGUUCUGUCACCCUUAGAGGAAGCACACUAGGCAAGCACUCUAAUUUGACAGACUAUUGUGUGUACGACUGAAUGAUAUACUCUGUUUAUCACUUGUAAUUUUUUAGGGGAUCUCUUAGUGUGGAUUAAUUGUACCAAUUUAACUGCUUAGAUUAUCUUGAUGUCUCAAGCAGCAUCUCUUUCUCGAUGAA